AUGCAGUACACUCGAUUCGGAGUUGUAUUGAGGGAGAUACGGUCAAAAUACGUUCAAGGGCAAAAUGCCGAAACUUCUCUCCUCCAUAACCUCCGCCACCGACCACCCCAAGCCGCAAGACCGGACCCAAUCGACCCGCAGCAGCUUCCUCUUCCUUUCCCGACGGGUCUCUGCGCCUGGAACCGCCGGAAACCGCCGGAAUCCGCCAUAAAAGUCACCGGUUUUGACAGAAAUUCCCGGCGUUCGUACGCCGUCAUUCGGCCACCAAAUCAGUCGAGUAAGGCUGUAGACGUGUAUCCGAGAGCCAUCACAGGGCAUUUCCCGCUUCCCGCUCUUCCCCAUUUUGAUGUAGGGUGUCGUUCACGAACAGGGUUCGGCUCGAAUUCCAAAGUGAAAUUUGGGUCGGGUCCUAUCAACUUGGUCAGGAACAGAGGAAAGAACUACGUGUGGCUUGAUCCCUCAGUAAAGGGCAUUUUGGUCAUUUACGGCCCACGGUUAGCAGGUGUUAGUUUUAAACAGGUUUCGACUCGGAUUCCAAAGUGGAAAUUGAGUCAGGUCGUUUCAAUUGGUAUCAGAGCAUUAGGAUUGCGGCUUAGGCUGACUAAUGGUCCCCUGAGACCUGCGAGGAAUGCGGCUCGGAUGGACUUGGUGUCUCUGAGACCUGCGAGGAUUGCAGCUCAGAUUAAAGUGUUAUCUCUGAGACCUGCGAGGACGCGGCUCAGCUAA